AUGGCAUCCUCCUUCUCCGCUGCCCGCCCUAAACGCGACAGCGAAGCCUUUGCACGCGCCCACCACGGCCAGGACCGCGACCGCGACCGCGUUGGCCAGGGCCCCGCCAAGAAAGUCAAGUUCGACCUGCGCAAUCCCUCAACUCUCGCGCCCAGCGCGCACGAUCCUGAUGCCGACGAUGACGAUGACAACAAUGAUUUACUGGAAGCCGACGUGAUUGGCAAGGGCGGGCGAGGAACGAAGCGCGGGGCGGUUAACAUUGAUGGGUACGAUUCCGAUUCAGACAACGAGAACUUCGAGGAUCGGGCGGAGGCUAGGACAAAAGGGAAGAAGGGGAAGAAGAAUCCAGAGGAUGUAGAUUUCUUCGAGGCGAUGGAUAAGUAUGAUCCGAAGAAGGGGCCUAGAGAAGAAGAGGAAGAAGAAGAGGAAGAGGAGAUUGAUAUGUUCGGGGACUCAGACGCCGAGAAGGAAGAUACGAAAAAGACGACGUCCGGGAAGAAAGGGAAAGAAGUCCGCUUCUUGGCAGACGAUGAGAUUGAGGGGCAGGAGAUGUCCUCCAAAAGUGGCGGGCACAUCCACCUUGACGACGCUGAACACACCUCUUCCGAAGACGAAGACUCCGUCACCGGCGAAAUCGACUACCAAAAAGCCAUGGAAGAAGAAGGCCUCGACGCGGAAGUGGGCGCUGGAGGCCUCAAAAAACACGCCCCCAAGAUCGAUGCCUUCAACAUGAAAGCUGAGCAAGAAGAAGGUGCCUUCGACGAGGAAGGGAAUUACAUUCGGAAAGCGGCGGACGCUGAUGCAGUGCACGACCGCUGGCUGGAGGGGAUCAGCAAGAAGGAUAUGAAGAAGGCGCGUGAGGCGCACGAGAAGAGGGAGGAGGAACUAAGGAGAGCGCAGAGGGAGAGCGAUAGUGUGUUGACGAAGGAUUUGUUGAGCGCGUUGAUACGGCAUCUGGAGCCGGGGGAGACGGUCCUGGAUGCGUUGGCGAGGCUGAGGAGGGCGCAGAUGCAGGGCGGUGGGGGAAAACAAGUGAAGAAGGUGCCAAAGUGGAAGCAAAAGAAGUUGAAUAAGGGUAAUAGCAACGGUGAUGGGGACGUGAUGGAGGUCGAUGGGGCGGAGCAGCAGCAGCAGCAGCAGCAGCAGCAGCAGCAGCAGGAUCCAAAACAGAGGAAGAUCAAGGAGGCAAUUAAUGCCAUCGCUGAGGCGGCAGAUAAACUGUUGGGGAGGGACUACCCCAAUAUUUACGAGACGGAGAGAGAACGGUUGAUGAGGGAGUACCGCGCUGAGACAGGCGAGGACUGGGUUGCGCCGCCGGCGGAGGAGGAAGAGGAUGGGACUAGCGGGAAUGGAGGGACGCCAGGGGCAGUCAAGAUGUGGGAGUUCCGGUGGACGGAUGGACGCGAUGGAGGGCAGAAGCAAGGGCCUUUCGACGGGCCGACAAUGAAGGCGUGGCAAGAUGCCGGAUAUUUCAAGGAGAAUGUGGAGUUUAGAUUCAUGGCGUACAAUUUUCACGACAACUGA